AUGGCUACUUCCUUCAUGCAGAGCUCUUCUUCUACCUAUGGGGGUGGCUUUGGGGGUGGUGGAAGCAGCAGCUCUCGCCUUUCCUCAGUCCGAACAGGAGGAACCUGCCGAGCUCCAAGCAUACAUGGAGGAUCUGGUGGCAGGGGUGUCUCCAUCUCUUCAGCUAGGUAUGUCUCCUCUUUAGGAGGUGGAUAUGGUGGUGGCUUGUCUUUUGGUUUUGGUAGUGGUUAUGGAGGAGGCUACAGUGGCUUUGGCAGUGGUGCAGCCUGUGGCUUUGGUAGAGGAGCUGGCUUUGGUGGAGGUUUUGAAGUUGGUGGUGGCUUUGGUGGUGGCGAUGGCCUUCUCUCUGGAAAUGAGAAGAUAACUAUGCAGAAUCUGAAUGAUCGUCUGGCUUCGUACCUGGACAAGGUACGAGCACUGGAAGAGGCAAAUUCAGACUUAGAAGUUAAAAUCCGAGACUGGUAUCAGAAACAAGCUCCCACCAGCCCAGCCCGGGACUACAGUAAUUAUUACAAGAUAAUUGAAGAUCUCCGAGACAAGAUCCUUGCAGCUACUAUUGACAAUUCCAGGGUCAUUUUGGAGAUUGACAAUGCCAGGCUGGCUGCAGAUGACUUCAGACUGAAAUAUGAGAAUGAAUUAUUCCUGCGCCAGAGCGUAGAGUCCGACAUUAACGGCCUGCGCAGAGUCCUGGAUGAGCUGACUCUGUCUAGAGCUGACCUGGAGAUGCAGAUUGAAACACUGAAGGAGGAGCUGGCUUAUCUAAAGAAGAAUCAUGAGGAGGAAAUGAAAGAGUAUUCAAAUCAGCUAAGUGGAACAGUCAACGUGGAAAUGGAUGCGGCUCCUGGCAUCGACCUCACCAGAAUUCUCUCUGAGAUGAGAGAACAGUAUGAAGCUCUGGCUGAGAAGAACCGUAAAGAUGCUGAGGCCUGGUUCUUCACUCAGACUGAUGAGCUGAACCGCGAAGUAGCCACCCACACACAACAGAUACAGACCAGCAAAUCGGAGAUCACGGAACUGAGACGCACGGUCCAGGGCCUGGAGAUUGAGCUCCAGUCGCAGCUCAGCAUGAAAGCUGGACUGGAAGCCAACCUGCGAGAUACAGAAGGACGAUACCACGCACAGCUGGCACAGAUUCAGGCCCUCAUCACCAAUGUUGAAGAGCAAUUGAGUGAACUUCGAGGCGACAUGGAGCAUCAGAACCAGGAGUACAGAAUGCUCAUGGACAUCAAAAGUCGCCUGGAGGAGGAAAUCGCCACGUACCGCCAGUUGCUGGAGGGCCAGGACUCUCAGAUGUCAGGAGUGAACCCUAAGGAUGCACCUCUGAGCAGUGGACGAGUUCGUAUGGGUAUGGAAGAUGAUGGAAAACCUGUUUCUACUCGUGAAAGGAGAUUCCAAUAA